UACAAAUAGUUUCAAAAUUUCAGUUUUAAAAAUUCAAAAUUCAAAAUUCAAAAUUUCUGAAUAUGAAGCGUCUGUUUAAUCUCAAAAACCAUGCGGCUCUACAGCAAUUUUCUUCGAACCCUGAACAAGUAACGACUAAUGAAAUACCUAAGGGGCUUGUAGCUAAUCUUAUAAAGUUUUGGGAGGGGAGAAGUACAAAUUCCCCUCCUCAAUUAGCUAUAAGCCCCGGUAUAAUAAGAUAUUUUAAUGGCGAUACUGAGGAACCGUCAUCUCCGGUUCAAGGUUCAUUAAUGUCCAUUGAAGAAGUUGACUCAACAAAUGCACUCGAUACCCAUUUAUGUCAAAACGAAAUUUCAUAUAACGAUAUGAGUGAGCCAGACUAGCGAUUAAGGAGACUGAGCAUUCCGGAAUAAAGGUUAGAUUAAACCGGACUACCUUAUAUAGAUGAAAAAAUAGAAAGUUAUAUUGUAGAAGCAUGCAAACAAGACAACAUCUGACUAGCAAUAUAGCUGAGACAGGAUGACGAUUAAAUACAACCCUUUGGUAAUUUAUUUUUGGCUACAACAUUCAAUAAGUUCAAAUAUA